GUUCGUCAAGGACCGGCGCCCGUCCAUCUCGCCCAACUUCAACUUCCUGGGCCAGCUGCUGGAGUACGAGCGCAGCCUCAAGCUGCUGAAGGCCCUGAAGGCCGAGGGCGAGUGUGCAGGCCCGGGGCCAGCCGAGCCCCUGCCACCCGCAGCCCAGCCGCCGCCGCCGCCAUCUACCUCAGAGCCCAGCGGGGAAGGCAGCCCCCUGGCCCCCCCUGCCAAGCCCCUGUGCGCCAGCGCUCUGCAGCAGGGCCUGCGAGGGCUCCAUCUGUCCUCCGAGCGCAUCCAGGACACCAACCGCCUCAAGCGCUCCUUCUCCCUGGACAUUAAGUCGGCCUAUGCCCCCAGCAGGCGGCCGGACGCCCCGGGGCCCCCCGACCCUGGCGAAGCCCCGAAACUCUGCAAGCUGGACAGCCCUUCCGGGGCGUCCCCGAGCCCCGACAGUCCUGACCGGCCGGGGCCCGGGGCCGACCCGCCAGCAGAGGCCAAGCCGCGGCUAAGGAGGAAGCACAGGCAUUCGGCCACGUCGCCGGGCCACGGCCUCAGCCUGAACUUUGGCGCCACGCCCAAGUCCGGGCCCACGGCCGGCGGGGCCGAGGACAGCCGGCUUGGCCUCUCUGUCCACGGCCUGCCUGGCCCUGGCCCAGGAGGCUGGGGCUUGCCCCUGGACUCCCCUGGGACCCCCUCCCCCGAGGGGCCCUGGUACUUGAACCCAGAGGGUGCCGGGGGCAGCGGGGGGCCCCCGGCCCUUUUCCCGGGGGCCUCCUUUGGCCGGGCGGGCCUUCAGGGCAGCGGCGCUGUGGACCUGAGACUGAGAGACAAGCCCCGAGCGGAGCCCCGGGACGGCAGGCACAGCUGGCACGAGGACCCGGGGCCCGAGAAGUCCUUCAAGCGGAGGAGCUGCCAGAUGGAGUUUGAGGAGGGCAUGGUGGAGGGCCGGGCACGGGAGGACCUCGGGAACAUCGGCAAGCAGGCCAGCUUCUCCGGGAGCAUGGAGAUCAUCGAGGUGUCCUGA